GAAAAAUAGAGUUAAAGUGAGACCUCGAAGAGCAAGCCAAAUAGAAACCUACAACCUCGAAAUAGAGAAAUCUAUUAGUCAGAUUCACCCAUCCGUGCAAAAAACAUAAAAAUAAUACACAAACAAUUAAAAACAAAAAUACAAAAAACAAUUAAAAACCCCAAAAUAAAAAACAAUUUUAAAAGUGAGUGAGUGACCACCAUAUCCUCUCCCUUCUUCAAGUUCAUCAACCCAAACCGAUAACUCUCACUUCUCUGUCUCUCCUUUUCUUAUCUAACCAAACAAAAAAACAGAGUAACAGACACACUUUGUUCAACAUAAUGAAGUUAUCUUCAAAACCCAUUUCCAGUCCGGGUCGGGCUGAGAAAUAUCCGCCGCCAUUAAUGAGGUUUUUGAGAAGCAAUGUUGGCAGCAGAAGCAGAGGCAGGUCACGUUCUAGUCCCAUGUUCGUUAGAAAAAAGAACGCGGCUACUGAAACUCAAGAACCCACGUCUCCUAAAGUCACUUGCAUGGGUCAGGUAAGAGUUAACCGCUCUAAACAACCCAAGAUUAAUCGAACCGGAACUGGUAAAAGUAAUAAACCCAGACGAAGCUGUGAAUGGAUGAAGAACUCAUUGUUUUGCUGCCGUUUUAGCAAGAAAUUUCUCAAGCCGAAAUGUUCAAGACCCUCUUGGAAUAAAUGGAAGCUGUUAUUUCAUUGUGGGUUUAAAAGAAAAAACAAAAGAGAAGACUGUGAAGAGAAUGAACCGAAAUUUAGUAACAGAGACCAAGAAUUCGACGAGGAAGACGACGACGAUGAAGAUGAAGAAAAUGAAGUUAAAGUCUAUAUUUCUGAAAUUAUUACACCGCCGAGGAAUGCUUUUUUAUUAACAAGAAGUAGAUCUGCUCCUUAUAGAUCUUCAUCUCUAGCUUGUAGAAUUUGGGGUUCGCCUUUAAAAAAUGAAGAAACAGAGCAAAAACAGAGUGCAGAUCAAAAAAUUACAGAGGAAGAAGAAGACGACGACAAUGAAGAAGAUAAUAGUUCAGCGUCAAACAGAGAGUUACUUUGCAAAGAAUCUGAUCAAGAAACUGAAGAAAAGAUUAAAAAAUUAGAAGAAUUAGAAGGUUCAAUGGAAGAAAAAAUUGGAAAAAUUCAAGAAUUGAAAACAGAGGAAGAUGAUAAAACUACUGUACAUGAACAUCCUUUGAUACUGACGAGGUGUAAAUCAGAACCAGCAAGAACUGAAACAAAACUUGAUCCAGAGAUUAGUUUCUGGAAGAAGAGAAGGUUGGGUUUUACUUGAUUAAUUAAUUAAUUUCAACCAUUUCUUGUUGUUUAUUAAUUGUUGAUGUUCUUGGUAAUUGAACUGAAUAUAGAUUUUGAAACUUUAAACAAUACUAUAAUUAUUAAUGACUGUUAGUAUCAUUUUAUUAUAUGUGAGGCUGUAAUGAGAGAAUCUCUAUGGCUUUCUGCUAAUAUUUACAGUAUGAAAACGAAAUAUGGAACCAUGAAACUGUUGAUUCUUUAUAUAAUAAUGUUCUUCUUUACUCUA